AUUCUGUGUCUGUGGUGGUAAAUAAUUGUCAAAGGUUAUGUUUGUAUUUUGAUUUUACUCUUUUCCUUUUGUGGUUAUUUAGUAGGAGUCUUUAUAAUUUUAUAAGCAUUGACUAGUGUGAUACAGAACAAAAUGCUCGACAAAAUGUUAUACAAUACAAUUCUUUCUCAAACCCUCUCACCUUGCGGAAAAUAUUUGGUAGCCGGCAAUAUAUAUGGACAAAUUGCUGUUUUUGAUCUGGAUAACAUUUUCAAUCCUGUGGUAGAACUUCUUACCUCUGACUAUAACAAGCCAAAACAAAUUCAUACGCUAGAGUCGGGCAGUCAAGUAUGUAGUUUAAUUACCACAAACAAAUUUCUUGUGGUCGGCACAGUCAAUCAGAUAUCAGGAUGGGAUUGGAAAGCUGUAGGACAUUCAAAAUUGGGUAAACCAUCUUGGACUAUAGAGAUACGGCCGCAGGUCCAGUUUGAAAAUUGUGACAUCAACUGUCUGUGGUGUUCCGAGGAUGAAGAGAAGCUGUAUGCAGGCUGUGGAGACAAUAUAAUCUAUGUGUUUAACUUGGAGGAUGGUCGAGUCAUCCACACAUAUGAGGGGCACUCUGAUUUUGUGCAUUGUGUACAUGGAAAUGGGCAGCAGUUGAUCUCCUCGGGUGAGGAUGGACUGGUUCUGCUCUGGGACCGGCGGACGAAGAAGUCUCACAACAAAAUAGUCCCUCACAGCAAUAGCAAGGUUCAGCGCCCUGACAUUGGGAAAUGGGUGGGGGCUGCUGCGCUGGACAAUGAUUGGAUAGUCUGCGGCGGAGGACCUAGACUAUCUCUAUGGCAUUUACGUUCUCUCGACGUCGUAACAGUAUUCGACAUUCCCGACAAAGGGAUCCACGUGUCACUGUUCCACGACGACUGUGUAUUCGCUGGCGGCGUGUCCAAGCAAUUGUACCAGCUGAGCUAUGCCGGUGACGUCAGAGUUGAGCUACCAGUCUCGGCGACCACAGUGUACUCCGCCUUGUUGGCGACGCAACCAAGGAAAGUGUUGUCGAUAGCAGGCUCUAGUCCGGAGAUAGAUCUUUGCACUACCUUCAAUUAUAGGGAUCAAGUUUUGCAUUUCAGAUAAUUUAAAAUAAAGUUUUUUAUAUUUA